AUGAAUUUUACUGUUGGCGAAAUCGUCGAAGCCGUCGAUGAAUUUGGCGUAUGGGCAAGUGCGCGGAUUAUUGAAAACAGAGGUGAUUCCGUGGUUGUUACGUUUCCCCAGUGGAAGUCCGAUUGGGACCGAGAAAUUACUAGUACCUGCGAAGUAAGAAAGAGGUCGAUCGAAGAAGUGUUGGUUCCUCGCAGUCUUGCCAGUCAUAAGGUAAGUUGAAGCUCAUUUCUCGGUUUCUAGCUACAAUUGUAGUUUUGAUCUCUUUCCGAUCACCUCGUACUUUUACGCGUGACUCGUUUUAAUAAUUGUUGUAACAUUCCUAGAGUCCCAAUUUAAAGAAGCUUAUGGCUGGAGACACAGUUUAUUUAGCCGGAAAAGAUGUCACAGUUUGCUUGUGCGAUCCCAUUCGAAAAACGGUAAGUUUGUGUUUCGUUUUUAAGGUCAACAUCUAUAUUCUCCUUACAUAUUUCCACCUACGUCCUUUAGUGCUAGUUUAGAGAGAAUUAAAAAAACGGUGUGAUGUGAAGCACCUGAAAGCAAAUCUUAAGUUUGUGAUUUUACAAAUCAAUACUUGUGUUGGAACUAAAAAGUAUGCUACUAGACUUAAACUAACCCUAGACUUGAGAUUAUAGUUAGAUUACUUUGUUAUUGGGUUGAUCUGAAAAAUUUCUUUUGGUUUCUGGCCUGACAUGGAAUCUACAUGUAAAGUUCAUUAAGAUUAAAAUUUGCCCUGGGAAAACUGAAUUAAGGGCCAAGUAUCAGUGGUGGGAAAGGUAUGAUAAAUAAUGAGACCCCUGUUGGGGAGGCCCCAUAUUCCUAGUCUGAAUCCUGUCGAUGUGUUAUGGUCAUUUACCAAUGCUUUGUGUUGGUGUCUGUACUUGUCAAACAAAUAUUUAUCUUGUCAAAAUCAUUUUCUUUUUAGCUUUUGUAGCUACUUGUUGGAAAGAGACUUAUCUUCAAUGCCUUUUUUUAUUUUACUGGUGACUCCCAUGUCUGUAAAUAUUAAAUAAACACAUUGAAAAUAAUAUGCAAACAAGCUUAUAAUAAUUUUUUUAAAAACUUUUCUUUGUCUUCAGGUAACUGUCAAGCUGAGUGAUGCCACCGUCCAAACUGUCAAUGUGUGGGAAUUAGAGUCAUCAAGGAAGGCUGAUGAACAAGCAGCAAAUCCAAGGAAAAGAAAGAGAAGAGAUCUUUCCGGGCUGGACCAGCAGCAGCCAGAACCACAGCAGCCAGUUCCGCAACAUCCAGAACCACAGCAACCAACAGCUACCGAAAAUGGUUCUGUGGAGUUUUGUUUUCAUGUAACAUCCAAUGGCACUUUAAUUAGAAUCGGUUCAUUUUAUACUCUGGGCUUUUCAGGAAAUUCAAUUUUUGUUUGCAGUAGUAUUUCAAGGGAGACCAAUCAAUUUAGUUUUAAGUUUUUACUUUGUUCUUUUGUCAGUAAUAAGGUUGAUGAAUUAAUCCAGGGUGUUGCUUGCAGCAUCACAGAUCCCCAACAAAUUUCACCAUGUUCAGACGUUACUUGUAGUUCAAAAAUCAAAAGUUUUGUGGAUAAGAUCAUUUGUGAGGGCUGGGAAAGGAUGUUCAAUUGUCAAAGGAACAACAUAGGGAAUAUUUCUUACAUGUUAGACCUAAGAAAGAGUUGCUUAGCAAGUCAAAUGCGUCAAGGUGUAUGGUCUGGAAUUUCACGCAGCGCCACGCAUCCUGCACAGCCAAUUCACUUGGGCAUAUUUGAUCCUCUGCUUGACACUAAGAUCUUUGGUCUUUCAAGCAAAAAUCAGUUUCAACUGCUCUACAAAGGAAAAGAUAUUUCCCAGCUAGACGCUUUGCUUGGUGCACUAUGGGAUGUAAAGAUUUUAGAGCCAAGCAAUCCCCAGUCUCAUUUUAAGUAUGUUUGUCAGGUCAGGGUUUUUGUGCACAAGCCAUCUAUGAGCUUGCGUUUUAAUUUUUCCUACUCAGAGUCAAAUGUUCCAUUUACUCCAACCUAUAGAAACAGGUGUAUUUAUUAG